UCCGCACUCAAGGGCAUCCGGACCGGCGCGCGAGACCCAGGCAAUUCGACAACGUACCGCUCAGGCUUCAUCGUGUCCGGGACCGACACCGACACCGUGGUUGUUCUGCACAGGAGGGAAGAGUCCUGAGAAGCAGAGAUGGAACAAGCAAGGUCAACAAUAUCCAAAAUUUUUAACGGUGAGCCGCACACCUACACGCGCUUCAACCUGACCCAGAACAUGGAGGGCGACACCAGCCAGGUGGAGAUGAAGCUGUCGUCGGACGUGGACGAGGAGGUUGGGGAGAACGGCGUGGGAGACAAUCGUCAUCAUCACAACUCCAACGGCAGACCCUACAUGGUUCAAAAGCUGCAGCGCACGCCCAGGAACUUGUGCUACAUGGCGUGUGGCGUCCUCCUCAUCUUCAUCAUCGGGUUCUUGAUCGGCUACAUGACUAAUAAGAAAAAGGAACUGGCUCCCGUCUGCGCAUCCUCCAUCAGCGUCGUCAAUGACGACAUUCCCCGCGAGACGGGCGCCGCGCCCCUCAUGGACUGGGACGAUGUCAAAAAACUCCUGACUGAAAAAUUCUCUGCUGCCAAACUAGAAAAAGUUUUGAGCGAGUUCUCUCAUAGCAACCACAGGGCCGGUUCUUCUCAGGAUGAAUCCCUGGCAAACCGAGUUCUCCAGAGGUUCAAGGACUACGGCAUGAAGGCCUGGACGGACGAGCACUUCAUCAAGGUCCACGACCCGCCGGCGGCCGGCUACAACACGUUUGUCUUCAAGAACGCGUCAGAGGAGCGUCCCAGGGGAUUCCUGUCCUACAGCGCCGUCGGAUCAGUACAGGGCGCGGUGCUGUACGCUCAUUACGGCGAGGACAACGACUUCCAGGCGCUGUCGGACAGAAACGUCAACAUGAACGGCAGAGUUAUGCUGAUCAGAGCCGGAAAGAUCAGCUUCGCUGAGAAGGUUGCCAACGCCGCCAGAAUGAACGCCUCUGCUGUUCUGAUCUACACAGACCCGAGUGAUUACAAUAUCAAAGGGGACAUCGAGAUCUACGGACAUGUCCACAUGGGCUCAGGUGAUCCUUACACUCCCGGGUUCCCCUCCUUCAACCACACCCAGUUUCCUCCUGCGGAGUCUUCAGGCCUGCCCAAAAUUCUGGCACAGACCAUCACAUUGGACAUGGCAAAGAAAAUCCUUGACCAGCUCAGUGGUUCAAAGAGGCCCGACAAGUGGGAAGGUUUCAGCAAAUUAGGAGACGAGACUGACGUCAUCACUGUGAAUGUCAACAACGUUCUCACAGAGAAGAGGAUCCACAACGUGUUUGGGGUCAUCAAAGGUUUUGUCGACCCAGACCGUUAUGUGGUUAUCGGCGCCCAGAGGGACGCGUGGGGCCCGGGCUAUGCUGCGUCAACCGUCGGCACCAGCGUUCUGGUGGAGCUGGCCCGCUCCAUCUCUGACAUGGUGAAGAACGAGGGAUUCAAGCCCAGGAGGAGCAUUGUGUUUGCUAGCUGGAGUGCUGGAGAAUACGGAAGCAUUGGCGCCACCGAGUGGUUGGAGGGAUAUGUGUCGUCUCUGAGCAUGAAAGCCUUCUCUUACAUCAACCUGGAUGGCAUUGUAACAGGUCUGAAUGGAUUUAAAGUAGCAGCCAGUCCCCUAAUGCACACCUUGAUUGAAAACACCCUAAAAGAGGUAAAGAACAGAGACGGCAUUCUUUAUAAGCAAUUUGCAAAAGACAACUUUGAAACAAAUAUUGUGGAGCCGAUGCGGAUGGAUAGCGCUGCGUAUCCUUUCCUUGCCUUCUCUGGAAUCCCCUCCAUGUCAUUCAGAUUCUCCCCGGACAACUCGAACUACAAGUACUUUGGCACAAUGCAGGACACCGCCGACAACCUGAACGCCGCCACGUCCAGCCAGGUUCCCCAGCUGGCAGAGACAGCGGGCCGCUUCGCCGGCCACAUAGCUCUGAGGCUGGUCCACGACCAUCUGCUGCAGAUGGACGUGAUGAAAUAUUACAAGGUCGUCCGUUCCUACGUGACCAAGAUCAAUGGAAGAGUCAAGGAAGUUCUGCAGAUGCGACCCCAGCUGUUGCCCAAAUCCCUGACUGUGCAGUGGUUGAUCUCCGCCACGGGUUCGUACAGCCGGGCUGCCCAGAGCCUGCAGAACGACAUCCAGAACAGCGACCUGGAGGACAUCGAAAUGUGCCGCCUCAUCAACGACCGUAUCAUGGCGGUGGAAAGAAACUUCCUGUCCCACUACGUCUCCCCCAGGCAGAGCCCUUUCCGCCACAUCCUGCUCGGCUCGGGCCCCCACACUCUCAAAGCACUCACCAAACACCUGGACGCCCUGAAGACGAACAACCCUGAGGCAAACGCCGAGCUGUUCCUCAACGAGUUCGCCCUGGCAACCUGGACCAUCCAGGGCUGCGCCAACUCCUUAGCAGGGGACAUCUGGUCUCUGGAUAAUGAAAUCUAAACCAAGCAAAAGUUUCACAACCUUAAAAAAAAAUCAAUAAGUUUUAACAAUUGGAGAAAAUAAUAUGGUCCCUCCUUUUAUAUUCAUUUGAUCUUACUUUUUAUCCACAUGUAACACUUAAAAAACCAAACUUUUGAUGCGUUGGUGCUACUAAUGACUACUAUAGUAGUAGUUGUGUUUUCCUAUGAAUGAGCUGAAUGGAGAGCAUUUCACAACAACCUAAUAGGUCAUGAUCACUCUUAUGACUCAGAGAAUUACAUCACCAAAGGUCAGUAUGAUAAAAUAAUAACUUUUAAUCUGUUUACUAAAAAUGAUUACAAAGCUGCUGAAGCCAAAAGUUCAAGCCUGAGCUGUUGUUUUGUGGGUAGCUACAGUUUUCUAAAAACCCAGCUCAUCAGUUUCAGAAGGUGCUCAAAUCGGCAAUUACAAAAAAAA